AUCUAGAGGGUCUAUUCAAUCAGUUUCAACAUAAUCUAAAUCUAAGCUUUGCAGAUUUUACUACAUAUUUAGCAAUCGUAUCAGUGUUUAUUUACUAAUAUUUUUUUAAUAUUUCAUUGUAGUUGGAUGUAUUAGAAACAAAAUUCAAGGCAUAGCACAUGUUUUAGAACUUACACAUGAAUUUUUAUAAAGCAUUGAGAACUCACUUCAAAUCAUUUACCGAAAUACUCUUACUAAAUGUUAACAAGGGGUUAUUCGAUUCAUAACCUUCAACUUUUUUUUUUUAAAGAAAACAUUUUUAAGAAUGAAAUUCAUGUGCGUGGAUUUUGAUAUUGAGUUUUUGGUUACAUUAUAAUUUGAGAGAACUAACCUUGAGAAUCUUCUGAGGUCUUAGCUAGCCAUGUUUUUGAUCAAAGAUACUCAGUGUUGUAAGUAAGCUCUUUCGUUACCUAGAGAAUGGAAACUGUGAGAACUCGAUUAUUAUAAGUAGCCUUACGAAAACAGAAAUCCUACAAAAGUUACACAGAAAUAGAAUUAGACUUCCACUAGACUAGGACAUUAUUUAUUAACAGAAAUUGACUCAGACUCACGACUCUUUCAACCAAAACCUCCUUUAUUUUAGACCGGAUUUGUUACAUUUUCUUAGAUAAACAACACACGGUUUAAAAUAGGUGCUUAAUAUUGCUACAUGAAAGGUAUUAAAACAAUUUACAUUCUGCUUUUGGUGAGAACGAAUUUAUUGACAUAAUUCUUCAUAAUACAUAAAAGGUAUUAGAACAAUUUACAUUGAGGGUGAAGAUAGUGAUUUGUGCAUCAACAACCUUUACAAAGUCUCCAGCUACAAUAUUUUUUUUUGAUUAUACACAGUUUUCCCAACGGCUUCCUAGGCCCAAGGAACUAAUCUGUGUCGCUGCGGCCCGAAUGUGAAAUCCGCAGUGGCCGGAAAUCGAACCCAGGUGGCGGUACUCACAGCUGUGAGCCCUUUACCACCAGAGCUAGACGCCCCGGUUCUCCAGCUACAAUAUUACUGUAAACCAAAAUUAUUUGUCAGAUGCUAAUAAUUAUACUGCAUAUUCGUAUUUAUGUAUUGCAAAUGUUUAUGCACAAAUAACACUCAUAAAGCUUAGGCAAAUUACAUUACCGGUUAAAUUAUGUGUAAGGUGUAAUGUAAUUUGGUCGAUUUAGUGGUAUAGUUUCACACUUUCAUAAUAUGUCUGUUAUGAUGGUAAUGAAACAUAUGACUUGUAUACUACAAAUAACAUGUAUUGGAUUUAUUUAAUGCUGGAAUAGUGGCAAGAGUAUAAAGUUUUGCCAAUUGCAAGAUCCAGUUCAAUUACAUGUACAGUCUAAUUUAUUUAGUUGGUUUAAUAGUUUAGCUUUUAUAUGAUAAUGUCUCAGGUUUGAUGAAGCAGGCUAUCUAUAUAGUUAGCAGAGAGUGUAAAAAGACAAAAUUAUAGUUAAUGAGAAAUUAAGACUAAUAUAAUUUUCAAUGGAAAUUAUUGUCAGAUAUUAUUCAUUUUCACUCGAAUUCUAUUUAUUGUUGGGAUAUUACUAGGUAGAUAGAAAAAUACAUCUAAUUGAUAAAUUUUAAUGAAAACUCGAUUUUAUAACCUCAUUAAAUAACUGUGAUUUUUAUUUUAAUAGAUUAAGAUUAAUUUUAAUAAUUUUUGUUCACAUUACUUUUUGGAAAUUUAUAUGAUUCAGUCAAUUUAUACUUUGAGGUUUGUUUGGAGAGAAGAAAAAGUUAGUGGUUUUUAACCAAAUCUUAAUAUUUAAGGGUUUAAUUGACAUUUUUUCUUUAAAACAGAAAAAAAAAAAAUCUGAGAAGACGUCUUAUUAUCAAAACCUUUAGUUUGGUUUUAAAUAAAUAAAUAUUCAUUUGUAAAGAAUCUUGACGAGUAAACAUUAAGUACAUAAAAAUAUAGGCAUUUGCUAUUGUUAUUUAUUUUUCAUGUGGAAUUUUUUGGAAAAUCUUAAAGCUGAAAUUACUUAAAUAUUUUAAUUUGGCCAAUCAAAAUAAUAUAUGUUUUAGAUCUAUUAAAUAACUUGGUGAAUAAGCUAACGCACUUUCUAAAAAAAAGGUUACUUAAUGCUUAUAUCAAUAUACAGGAAUUAGUCUGAUGGUAAAAACUUGUAUCAUCCCCAUAAUUCUUAAAGAAAAAAAAAUUGUUAGAAACAGUGACGUAUGGAGCAAGUAAGAGACUUUCGAUAAUUCUAUAUCCUAAAGACACGUCCAAAACCUUCAUUGAACGGUUUCUGCUGCUGAAGACAAAAAAAAUGCAGCUACGGCAAGAAUCUUUGAACGGUUUCUUAUUAUUAAAAUCUUUAGUUUGGCUUUAAAUAAAAAGAUUUUUACAGAACAAAGUAUAUAAAACAUUACGUAAUUCAAAUAUUUAUUAUAUGGGUAAUUUGAGUAUUUUUGGGUAUUUUGAUAGUUUAGAAUAUACAAAAACAUUAAUCAUAAUUGAAUUGUACCCAAACUUUUAGAUAUUUUUAGACAAAAAAAAACUUUUAGAUAUUUUUAGGUUUUGACAAAAAGAUCCGUACCAAACUGAACGGAAAGAUAAUCAAAGCAAUCUUAACCAAUUUUGGUGUGGUUCAUGUUUAGUUACUAGAAGUUAAAAAAUGUAAAGCUCAAAACCCGAAUUAACCUAACAGAAAUCGAUCAGAAGAAAAAACUGAACGCCCAGGUCUAUCUUUUACUUUGCAAUGGUCUAUUAUGUAUUAGAUUAUGCUGUUCAUCCGAAUUACAUGCAGUUAAAUAUGCAGUUUUUGCUAUGAGAAUUCAUGCAAAUUUCUUUAUAACUUUGCUUGUUUACAUUUUGCGAAAACAUUUGCUUACAUUCAAUUUUCUUUCGGUUCCUAACGUAAAAUACUUUCAUAUAUUAUAACAGCUUCUAAUAGUAAUAAUGGUUUGACAAAAAAAGAACUCCGUAUAAUUCUAAAGUAACUUAGGUGGCUGUUUUCCAUCUUUGUAAAUCAACCAAUACACAUUUUCUCAGUCUUUGCCCGUCAAGCAACGUUCUCUGAUCUCACCUAUAAAUAUAACAAAGCUCUUAAGUCGAUUACUUCUUAACAAUAACAAGGUAAUACGAGAAAGAAAUACAUCUUCUACAACAAAAUUUCUUUAAUUAUUAUCAUCAUCUUAAAUAAUGGGUCUCAACCCUGUUUUGAUAAUCUUCCUCUCUUCUUCUCUUCUUAUUGUCCUUCAAAACCUCGACGUCGCUAACGCCGUCACGUGUAGCGGAAGCUUCAUCAACGGUAACAGCAGCUACUUUCAGAAUCGUGACAAUCUCUUCUCCACUCUUGCUUCAAAAGUCGUCGCCAACGGCGGAUUCUACAACGCCUCGCUCGGCAAAAGUCCUAACUCAGUCCACGCUCUUGUCCUCUGCAAAAGAGGCUACGAGCAGCAAGAUUGUAUCAGCUGUGUCGAAAAGGUGACUCAGGAGAUACAAACUGGUUGUCCAAACCGAAUGGAUUCGUUCAAGUGGGACAAUGACGAUGGAGACCAUGUUAAUUGUCUUGUACGUUCCUCAAACCACUCAACUUUCAAGAACUUCCAGCUUGUACCUGCUGUUAUAUAUCCAAAUGCACUUACUAUCGAGCCAUCCAAGGACAUGACGCUUUUCAGACAACAGUGGGAAGCAACGGUUAAUCGGACCAUCGAGGAUGCCGCAGAAGCUGAAACUUCCUCCAUGCUCAAGUACUAUAGUGCUGUAGAAGCCGAGUUCACGGAGUUUCCAAAUGUAUACAUGCUGAUGCAAUGCACGCCCGACAUAACUUCCCGCGAGUGCAAGAUAUGUUUGGAAAAGUGUGCGACAUAUUUUAAGAAACAGUUUUGGGGAAGACAAGGAGGCGAGGUUAGUCGCCCGAGCUGUGUUUUCAGGUGGGAUCUGUAUGCUUUCCAUGGUGCUUUUGAUAAUGUAACAAGGGUUCCUGCACCUCCUGGACCACAGGCUCAGGCAAAUGGAACCUUUAUAACAGACAAGAAAGGAAGAAGCAUUAGGUAUAGCGGAACUAUUGCGAUAAUUGUGGUUCCUAGUCUCAUUAAUCUGUUGGUAUUUAUUGGUCUCAUAAAAUUCUAUGCCCGGAGGAAAAACUCAUACAACGGAUGCAAUGUUGGUACUGCAGAGUACUCUGAUUCUAAUGGCCAACCUAUGCUACGGUUUGAUCUUGGUUCAAUCUUAAUGGCAACCAAUGACUUUUCGUCUGAACGUAAGCUUGGUCAAGGUGGAUUUGGUACGGUCCAUAAGGGGACAUUACCAAAUGGCCAAGAGAUAGCUGUGAAGAGAUUAACAAAAGGUUCAGGGCAAGGAGACUUAGAGUUUAAGAAUGAGGUUUCACUCUUGACAAGACUCCAACAUAGGAAUCUAGUUAAGCUUCUUGGGUUCUGUAAUGAAGGAGAUGAAGAGAUUCUUAUCUACGAGUUUGUCCCCAACUCAAGUCUUGAUCAUUUUAUCUUCGACGAAGAGAAGCGUUCACUUCUUACAUGGGAGGUGAGAUUCAAAAUUAUAGAAGGCAUAGCUCGAGGUCUUCUUUAUCUUCAUGAAGAUUCUCAGCUAAAGAUUAUUCACCGAGACUUGAAAGCAAGCAACAUCCUUUUAGAUGCGGAGAUGAACCCUAAAGUUGCAGACUUCGGGACCGCAAGGUUGUUCGAAGCUGAUGAGACUCGAGCUGAAACAAGACGAAUAGCUGGAACCCGUGGAUAUAUGGCUCCUGAAUACCUGAAUCACGGGCAAAUCUCAGCUAAAUCUGAUGUAUAUAGCUUCGGGGUUGUGCUUCUAGAGAUGAUAAGCGGUGGAAAAAACAAUAGCUUCAAAGGGGAAGGACUUGCAGCUUAUGCAUGGAAGAGAUGGGUUGAAGGAAAGCCUGAGAUUAUAAUUGAUCCUUUCUUGGUAGAGAAUCCGAGUAACGAGAUCAUUAAGUUGAUUCAGAUUGGUUUGUUGUGUGUUCAAGAGAAUGCAGGGAACAGACCAACCAUGAGCUCGGUAAUAGUCUGGCUAGGCAGUGAGACUAUCACCAUUCCUUUACCUAACGCUCCUGCUUUCACUGGAAGCAUGUCCCAAUCUGAGAAAGGUACAACGUCAAUAAGCAACGUCUUCACGGAGUUGAGUUGUCGAUGACUUGUUCCGAUCGUUUUGUUUGCGUACGCUAAUACAUCCGUAGUGUCCACCGCCAGCUAGUAAGAUUGGGACUGGAAUG